GGAUUGACUUCAAAAUCAGAACAAUAGAACUCGAUGGGAAGAAAAUCAAGCUGCAGAUAUGGGACACUGCAGGCCAGGAGAGAUUCCGCACCAUCACAACAGCCUACUACCGAGGGGCCAUGGGGAUAAUGCUGGUUUAUGAUAUCACCAACGAAAAGUCUUUUGACAAUAUUAAAAACUGGAUCAGGAACAUAGAAGAGCACGCUUCUUCGGAUGUGGAGAGGAUGAUUCUGGGCAACAAAUCUGACAUGAAUGACAAAAGGCAAGUUUCGAAGGAGAAAGGAGAAAAGUUAGCAAUUGACUAUGGCAUCAAAUUUCUGGAAACCAGUGCAAAGUCCAGCAUCAACGUGGAAGAGGCUUUCUUCACCCUCGCACGGGACAUUAUGACAAAGCUGAACAAAAAAAUGAACGACAGCAUUUCGGCAGGUGCGAGCGGGCCAGUGAAGAUCACGGAGAGCCGGUCGAAGAAGAGCAGCUUCUUCCGAUGCUCGCUGCUUUGAUGAACUCCUCCUAAGAGACUGCAGCAUACCUAGAACGAAAAAAAAAUACCUUUUCCUGCUUCUCUGACAGCACAGGCUCCCCCAGCCUCAGAGCUGUCACCGCCCGGCUGCUGCUGAGGGCUCUGCUUGGACCACUUUGGACGGGCUGAACCGAGAGAAGGGAUGGGACUCUCUCUCUCUCUCCCCCGUUGGCCGCCAUCGCCAGCCUCCCUGCCCCUCCGAGACAUGGAAGCUGAGAGACUCCCACCUGCCGGAGCUCCCUUUUCCUUCCUUCCUUCCUUCCUUCCUUCCUUCCUUCCUUCCUUCCUUCCUCCCUUCCUCCCUCUUUCUUUCGUUCCCUGCCUGCUUCAAAAACUGCUGAGUAUUUCCUCUGCACAUCCCUGUCAGUCCUUGGCUGAGGGUUAAGGCCGGGUUGUUAGAGGCCCAGGGAAGCUGGUUGGGGGCUGGUCUUGGAGCCCUCCUUGCAGGCUUGGGCCGUUCCUUUUUUCCCUUUCCAGCGACCGCAGGCCUCUUGGUUCAUGAAGGGCUGAUCCUGCCCACCCCGGGGACAGCUGGAGGGGGGGCUCUAGGGCUGGGCUGGGGGGCUCUGCUGUCUGAGACGGCAGCCAUCCUCCUGCCCUCCUUUGCCUGCAGAUUGUUGACCUGUAGUCCAGGAGGGAGGCUGGCUGGAACACACACACACACACACACGGCUCCCUGGCCUUGGAAGGGGAACUGCUCCUGGCGGGAGAGAGGGGUUCACGCAGGGUGGGCACUUGUUCUGGAUCUUUUCCCCCAGGGCUGCCAAUACACAAUGCCCCCAUAAGGUGAAGGCUUGAAAGCUCCUGUGGGGCUCGGAGGGUUUAACAAAUGCAGAGUCCCGUGCAGGUCAAGACGCGUUUGCUUCUCAGACGGCAGGAUGCCCCCUUCCCAGGUCCUGAGUGUCCCCCUCACCUUCCCCGCAGGUCCCUCCUUCCUUCACCUGGCUCUGCCAAAGCCCAGGGGUCUCUUUCUUGGGGCAUCCAGUUGAACCCAGGACCCGGUUUUCCUCCCUUCAUGAAGGGGGGGGCUCUGAGGGCCGAGAGAGGAUGCCCGCCUGGCAGGUGCGGAAGGAAGCGAGGACUUGGCGAGGACUUUCCUGGGUCCCAAAGACCCCCGUCUCUGAAGCCGCGACCACGGAAGCUGAGCUGCCUUUUCCUUUCAGGGCAACCGGACUCCUCUCUAACAGGUGGUGCUUUUCUUUUAUUGACGUGCCAAACCAACACUCUGCGUGGAGCGACUCCUGGUUCCUCCCCUGGGAAGCGCCACUCUCUCCACCUGACAGUAUUUCCAUUCCUGAGCACUGAGUCUUAUUUGAGCCGUCCGGGCGGUCCUUGCUGUCUUCAGCUCCUCCGUUGGGCCGUCCGGAAACAAGAUCCUUGCGUGGUUCAGCACGUGGGCAGGGUCCAGCCUCCUCCCCACUCCAUCCCGAGGGGUGCAAAGCGCUUUGAGGUGGGGGGCUGCACCCCCAGGGCAUUCCCUCCUCCCCCCCAGUCCCUCCUGAUUGUAGACCCUCCCUCGACAUUGUGAAACCCAGACAGUCGUGCCCGUUGCGUGUUUCCUUCCCUCGGCUUUCCUCUUGGUCUCCUUUUCUUCCCUAUCUCGGGUUCUGCCAAGCAACGCUUCGUCUCUGAGGAGGUUCCCUCGGGAGAGCCUGCAACUAAGUCGAAAUGUCAUAAAGUGCUUUUUGAAGCAGCAGCAUAUUGGGGUAUCUACUCUUGUUUUAUUAAAAAAAAAAUGCUAUUUUCUUACUUCUAGCUGUGCUACAGUGUACAUAAUUUGAGUUAAGACCAUAGGAAAUCCACUUUUAAGCUUGGUGUUGUAAAGUUAACCCACAUUUAACUUACCUUUCUAAUGUUAAAAGUUUAGGUUUUGUUCCUGUCGGUUGUUUUAACGACAGAAUUAUUUCUUCCCUGCUGGAUUUUUUUUAUUAUUUUUAUUUUUGGAAGAGGCCGCCACCUGAAAACCUCCUCCGUCUUCAGGGAAAAGGGCGGCCUCUGCAGCCACAGGAGGCCCGGGGCGCCUGCCGACUUUCCCUCCCCGGGGCUCCAGGGCAGGGGGGGCUUGUGGAGAGAGGCCUCUCACGUUGCCCUUCUCCCCUCUGGCUGCUCCAGAUGUGCUGGGCUGCUCUUCCCAUCACUCGGGGUCGGCUGCAGCAAAGCACGCCUGAUGGGCGGCCAGUGCAAAGGCCUUGGGGUAGAGUGAGCGGUUGCGAAGGCUCUUGCCAGGCGGCCAAGAGUGGUGGU